AUGUUUUAUGGUGCCCUUGGCUAUAUGGGCUUCCUGGCCACCAUCUGCUUCACAGUGGCUUUCCUGGCCAGGAAUCUCCCUGGGGCUUUCAAUGAAGCUAAGCUGAUCACCUUAGCCAGCACCACUGUGAUUGUUUUGGCUAAGACAGAAGAAAUGGCAGCAGAGAAGAUGAUGCUGAAAGCCGAUUCCCAUAUCUUACCCAACAUCACCCUGGGUUACAAUAUCUAUGAAAAUUAUUUCAGUCCAGGGAAGACUUCAGAUGCUUUGCUGGACCUGCUUUCAGAUGGGGAGGCCAAUAUCCCCAACUACAGUUGUGGGAAACAGAGAAACACAGUGGCUGUUCUUGAAGGGGCUGAAACUGGCUUCUCCAUCCAGAUAUCAUCUAUGUUAGAGACCUACAAAAUCCCACAGGAUGCCUUUUCUGUGAAAGUCUGGAGACGGUGCAGAGAAAGAGAAGAACUUGAGGUUCUGCCACAAUAUGUGGUGGAUCGGAUCCUGUGCUUAGACAAUCAUUUUAUUUACAACACCAUCUGGGCUGUGGCACGGGCCUUAUAUGCAGCCUAUUUGUUCAGAUCCAAGAGGAAAAAUAUAGAAGGUGGUAAGAGCUUAGAAGCACCAAGACUGAAGGCUUGGCAGCCCCUGCCUCCUUCCAGGUGUGUGGAAAGCUGCCAUCCUGGAUUCAUGAAGGUGGCUCAGGAAGGGAAGCCCAUCUGCUGCUACGACUGUCUUCCCUGUGCAGAAGGAACCAUCUCCACCACCGAAGAUGCAGAAAAAUGCAGCAAAUGUUCAGAAGAUCAACAUCCAAAUGACAAUCGAGAUCACUGUAUCCCCAAAAUAAAGACUUUCCUAUCCUAUCAAGAAAAAAUGGGGAUCAUCUUGACUUCCAUUGUUUUGUUCCUCUCUUUCAUCACAUGCUUUGUCUUGGGAACUUUCAUUAAAUUCCAAGAAACUCCCAUAGUCAAAGCCAACAAUCGGAACCUCUCUUAUACCCUUCUAGUUUGUCUCCUGCUUUCCUUCUUCACCUGCUUCUUGUUCAUUGGCCAGCCAAGGAAAUCUACUUGCCUGCUUCGACAAACGGCUUUUAGCAUCAUCUUCUCUGCUGCCAUUUCUUCUGUCUUAGCCAAAACAAUCACAGUGGUGCUGGCUUUCCUGGCUACAAAACCAGGGAAUCAAGUGCAGAGAUGGCUGGGAAAAACUUUGAUUAACUACAUCAUCCUUUCUUGCUCUGGUCUCCAAGUUGCAUUCUGCAGCAUCUGGUUGGGUGCUUUCCCCCCUUUCCCUGAGUCUGACAUGCACUCACAAUCUGGAGAAAUCAUUCUACAGUGCAAUGAAGGUUCUGUCACCAUGUUCUAUGGUGCCCUUGGCUAUAUGGGCUUCCUAGCUGCCAUCUGCUUCACAGUGGCUUUCCUGGCUAAAAAUCUCCCUGGAGCCUUCAAUGAAGCCAAGCUGAUCACCUUCAGCAUGCUGGUCUUCUGUAGUGUUUGGGUGUCCUUUGUGCCCACUUACCUGAGCACCAAAGGGAAGUACAUGGUGGCCGUGCAGGUCUUCUCCAUCUUGGCCUCCAAUGCAGGACUUCUGGGCUGUAUCUUCAUGCCCAAGUGUUUCAUUAUUUUCCUAAGACCAGAUCUGAAUACAAAACAACAUGUGAUGUCAAAAUAA